CCGAUCUUCGACCUGUAAGUCAUCUCUCUCUCUCUCUCUCUCUCCGGAGCUAAGCUUCGCGGAGAGAACUCAACGCUUAAGAAAUUUCCGACAAAGAACGACGGAAGAAUCACGAGGAUUCGCUUCAAGUCGAGUUCUCCCCAGUUUUCAUGUCGGGUCUUCAGAUUGAAUGUUCUCUGGAUUUUCAAAUUUGAUGACAACGAUUGAGACGAGGUGUGAAGACCCACCAAAGAGUAAGAGUCGGAUGGUGGUCGAGAGUUCAGGUGCAUCAUUCAAGAGAUGGGGUAGGAAGUAUCCCUUCAUCAGAUAUGGCCUCCCCAUGAUUUCUCUCACUGUCCUUGGCUCUGUUGGACUUGCCCAUCUCUUGCAAGGCAGCAAGGAUAUUGCAAAAGUGAAAGAUGACAAUGAGUGGGAGAUCAUCGAGGAAAGAAAAGCGUUAUCACGAACAGGACCAAUAGAAGCAUACAAGCCUAAAAAGAUCUCAUUAGAGGAGGAGCUGAAGGCUUUGCAAGAGAAGGUCAACAUCAAUGAUUAUGAAUACAGGAAAAUUCCUCAACCAAAUGAUGGCAAAUCUGGCCAGCAGUGACUUAGAGAAAACAUGGGGAGGAGCUAACUUAGGAUAGUUGCUUGUUCUUCUGGGUUUUUGGGCCUGCAUAUCCACCGAUUUUGUAGGCUUUGUGAGAGAAGGUGGUCAUAACAAGUACCAUGCACAAGGGGCCUUUUCAUCUGACCUUUGGCGAAGUUGAGCAAGCUGUGGUCUUAAAAGGCAAAUGGCUUGUGACAGUUUAAAGGUUGUAGCGGCUGCUGAAACAUUCCGCCUUCAGCCUGUCACUCUCCCUUUUGUGCACAAACUUGGCCCAGUUUUGAAUCUCUAAGUAUAUUACUCACAUAGCAGAUGACUCAUGCAAAAUGUUUUGGAUGGAAUAAGUUUGCGGAUGGUAUUGUCCAGUGUUCAUUCGUGUCUGUAACAGUUUUGGCCUGACAAUAGAAAUCCGUCAAUAUGCUGCUCUUCGUAGAUGAGUUUGUGAGGGAACUAUAAUCAUCUUGUCGACUUUGAUUAAAAUCAUACACGAACUUAGUUGUCUCGUUGAUGUUCAUUACCUGUCGGCCCUAUUGUUACUCUCAGAUGGUUGGACCAGUUCAGUUCAGAAAGAUUUGGACAUGAAGGUUUUCUCUCAUCAACUCUUUUUUUGCUGCUUCAGAAACUGCUUAAACCGGCCUGGCUUAAUGAUUGUGUUGAGCAGGGUAGUUGGGGGUUGCGAUUUUCGAUAGAAAAGAUGAUCUCAUUUUAGAUGGAUCAGUCAAGCGUUUGGAUAUUGCCUCCAUGAAUCACUUUGGAUGUGCUCAAUACUGAGCUGCUGUAAAUCUGUGAUUCAGUUCAGUUUGGAAGGAUGGUAUUUGAGGGAAAGCAUGUAUCUUCAUCUGUCAACAUUACUGAUUA